GCCCUGGGAUUCCUGGUAACUCUCCUUGAUCUGAUUUCUUGCCUGUGGCGGGCGCUCUGAAACUGGUGGCUGCAGUUUUCACCAGACAACGAUGUGUAUUCUGAAAUUCUGAAUCAUGAACUUUGCACUUAAUGAUCUGCUUGUUUGCUGCCGACAACUCGAACAUGACAAAGCUUCAGACCGGAGGAAAGAAGUUGAACAAUUUAAGCGUCUGAUUCGAGAUCCUAAAAUUGUUCGAGAUUUAGAUCGGCAUUCAGAUACCAAACAAGGAAAAUAUUUGAAUUGGGAUGCUGUUUUUAGAUUUUUACAGAAAUACAUCCAGAAAGAAACAGAAUGUCUCAGAACAGCAAAACCGAAUGUGUCAACCUCAGCACAAGCAUCCAGGCAGAAAAAGAAACAGGAAAUCAGCAGCUUGGUCAAAUAUUUCAUCAAAUGUGCAAAUGAAAGAGCACCAAGAUUAAAGUGUCAAGAUCUCUUGAAUUACAUUAUGGAUAUGGUUAAAGAUGCAGCUCACGGUACCAUUUACGGAGCCGACUAUAGCAACAUACUGCUCAAAGACAUUCUUUCAGUGAGAAAAUACUGGUGUGAAAUAUCUCAGCAGCAGUGGCUGGAACUGUUCUCGGUAUACUUCAGGCUGUACCUCAAACCUUCACCAGAUAUUAAUAGAAUUUUAGUGGCUAGAAUAAUUCAGGCUGUGGCCAAAGGAUGCUGUUCACAAACUGAUGGAUUGAAUCCCAAAUACUUGGAUGCUUUUUCCAAGGCUGUUCAGCAUGCAAGACAAGACACAAGCUGUGCAGGGCUGAGUCAUAUCUUAGCUGCGCUUACCAUCUGUGUCAAGACACUGGCUGUUAACUUUCGAAUUCGAGUAUGUGAAUUAGGAGAUGAAAUCCUUCCCACGUUGCUUUAUAUCUGGACUCAACAGAAAAUUAAGGACCCCGUAAAGGAAGUGAUUAUUGAAUUAUUUCAACUGCAGAUUUACAUCCACCAUCCCAAAGGAGCCAAAACCCAAGAAAACGGUGCUUUUGAAUCAAGAAAAUGGAAAAGCAUCUUAUACAACUUAUAUGAUCUAUUAGUUAAUGAGAUAAGUAAUUUUGGAAGUCGAGGAAAAUAUUCCUCGGGAACUCGCAAUAUUUCUGUCAAGGAAAACUUGAUAGAAUUGAUGGCAGACGUUUGUCACCAGGUUUUUAAUGAGGAUAUCACAUCUUUGGAGAUUUCCCAGUAUUACACUACCACACAAAAAGAUUGUAGUGGUACACCUUGCAAAAAGAAGAAAAUACAAUUAGGCUGGGAAGUCAUAAAAGACCACCUUCAGAAAUCCCAGAAUGAUUUUUAUCUUGUCCCUUGGUUACAGAUUGCAACUCAGUUAAUAUCAAAGUACCCCGCAAGUCUGCCAGACUCUGAGCUGUGCCCGUUGCUGAUGAUCCUGUACCAGCUCCUCCCUCAGCGGGGCCAGGGGGAACGCAGGCCACACGUACUGCGGUGCCUGGCGGAAGUUGCACUGUGUCAAAGCAAAAAAUCGAACCUGGAAUGCUCACAGAAGUCAGAUUUGCGGAAACUCUGGAUUAAAAUAUGGUCAAUUGCUUUUCGUGGUAUAAGUACUGAACAAGCACAAGCGGAAAAUUUUGGCUUACUUCAAGCCAUCAUUCAAGGCAAUUUGGUUGAGAUUGACAGAGAAUUCUGGAAGGUAUUUACAGGGUCAGCUUGCAGACCUUCAUAUCCUGCAGUGCGCUGUUUGACGUUGGCGCUGAGCACCUCUGCAGUUCCGGAAACAGUCCAAGCAGGAAUGGAACUGAAUGGAUACGAAGUAAACAGAAAUUUCUCUUUAAAGGAAUUGAUAAUGAAAUGGCUCUUGCUUUGUCAGCCGGAGGAUGACCUAGAAGAGAGUACAGAGUUGCCCCCAGUUCUUCACAGUAAUUUUCCUCAUCUUGCGUUGGAGAAAAUUCUUGUGAGUCUCACUAUGAAAAACAGUAAAGCUGCAAUGAACUUCUUCCAGAGUGUGCCAGAAUGUGAGCAACACCAUAAAGAUAAAGAGGAGUCUUCCUUCUCAGAAAUUGAAGAGUUGUUUCUUCAGACAACUUUUGACAAGAUGGACUUUUUAACCGUUGCAAAAGAAUGUUCUCCACAGAAGCAGCAAUCCAGUAUAGGCCUUUCUGUCCGCCCAGAUCUGAAAGAAUCUCUGGAACGCUCUCUUCUUGGAUUAUCAGAACAGCUUCUAAAUAAUUACUCAUCUGAGGCCACAAAUUCAGAAAAGCUUGUUCGGUGUUCAAGUCUUCUAGUGGGUGUUCUUGGCUGCUACUGUUAUGUGGGUGUGAUAAGUGAAGAGCAAGUGUACAAAUCAGAAUUAUUCCAGAAAGCCAAGUCUCUAAUGCAGUGUGCAGCAGAAAGUAUCAGUCUGUUUAAGAAUAAGACAAACGAAGAAUCUAGGAUUGUUGCACUGAGAAACAUGAUACAUCUCUGUACAAGUUGCUUGUGUAACUGUACCAAGCACAAUCCAAAUAAGGUCACAUCUGGAUUUUUCCUACGAUUGUUAACAUCAAAGCUAAUGAAUGAUAUUGCAGAUAUUUGUCGAAGUUUAGCAUCUUUUACCAAAAAGCCCCUUGACUAUAGAGAAGUUGAAUCAGUGGAAGAAGAUGCUGAUGAGAAUCUAAUGGAGAUGGACGACCAUUCCUCCAUGAAUCUGCCCCGUGAUCACUCUGCUAAUAGUGAUGCAAGUGAAUGUGGAGAAAACCAAAUUUCUCUUGGUGCCAUCACGCCCUUAGCUGAAGAACAUUUGUCCAAACAAGAUUACCUUAUUUUAGACAUGCUCAAGUUCUUGUGUCUGUGUGUGACUGCUCAGACCAGUGCGGUAUCAUUUAGAGCAGCUGAUAUUCGGAGGAAACUGCUAAUGCUGAUUGAUUCUAGCAUGCUAGAUCUUACUAAAUAUCUCCACUUGCACAUGUAUUUAGUGCUUUUAAAGGCGCUUCCAGGAGAAGAAUAUCCUUUGCCAAUGGAAGAUGUUGUUGAACUCCUAAAACCACUCUCCAACGUGUGUUCAUCAUACCGCCGAGACCAAGAUGUUUGUAAGACGAUUCUGAGCCACACCCUUCCGAUGGUACGGACUCUCGGCCGCAUCAGUGUGGACACUGAGAGCUCAAGGGAUGCCCAGUACCAGUUCCUAACAGUGAUUGAGGCAUUUUGGCACUUAGCAAAGGAGGGAAAAUGUACAUUCUCUGUAAGAAUCGCACUAGUAAAGUGCCUUAAGACUUUCCUUGAGACUGAUCCUUAUUCAAAGUGGGCUAUUCUUACCGUGAUGGGAAAAGACGUUCUCGUUAAUGAAGUAUUUCCACAGUUUCUUGCUGAUAACCAUCACCAAGUUCGGAUGCUGGCCGCAGAGUCCAUGAACAGACUAUUCCAGGAUAUGAGACAAGGACAUUCUUCUAAGUUACUGAAAGCACUUCCUUUGAAACUUCAGCAAACUGCUUUUGAAAAUGCAUACUUAAAGGCUCAGGAAGGAAUGAGAGAAAUGUCCCACAGAGCUGAGAGUCCCGAGCUUCUGGAUGAGAUUUAUAAUAGAAAAUCGGUUUUACUGAUGAUGAUAGCGGUGGUUUUACACUGCAGCCCCGUGUGUGAAAAACAGGCUCUGUUCGCCCUGUGCAAGUCUGUGAAAGAGAAUGGAUUAGAACCGCACCUCAUUAAAAAGGUUUUAGAGAAAGUUUCUGACACUUUCGGAUAUAAACGUGUAGAAGACUUCAUGGCUUCUCAUCUGGAUUAUUUGGUUUUAGAGUGGCUCAAUCUUCAAGAUGCUGAAUACAGUUUAUCUUCUUUUCCCUUCAUGUUAUUAAACUACACAAAUGUUGGAGAUUUCUAUAGAUCUUGUUACAAGGUUUUGAUCCCGCAUCUGGUGAUCAGAAGUAACUUUGAUGAGGUGAAAUCCAUUGCUAAUCAGAUUCAAGAAGAUUGGAAAGUUCUCCUCACACACUGCUUUCCGAAGAUCCUGGUGAACAUCCUCCCCUACUUCGCCUACGAGAGCACAGGGGAGUCGGUGAUGGCGCAGCGGAGAGAGACGGCUGCCAAAGUCUACGACAUGCUUAAGGACGAAAACUUGCUAGGAAAACAGAUUGAUCACUUAUUCAUGAGCAAUUUACCAGAGAUUGUGGUAGAGUUAUUGAUGACAUUACACGAACCAGCAACUUCUGAGGCCAACACUGACCUGGGUGACUUUUCUGAGGACUUGGAUCCUGCACCUAAUCCACCUCAUUUUCCAUCACAUGUGAUUAAAGCAACAUUUGCCUAUAUCAGCAAUUGCCAUAAGACCAAGCUUAAAAGCAUUUUAGAAAUUCUUUCUAAAAGCCCUGAUUCCUAUCCAAAAAUUCUUCUAGCUAUAUGUGAGCAAGCAGCUGAGACAAAUAAUGUUUAUAAAAAGCACAGAAUUCUUAAAAUAUAUCACCUAUUUGUUAAUUUAUUGCUGAAAGAUAUAAAAACUGGUUUAGGAGGCGCGUGGGCUUUUGUUCUGCGAGAUGUGAUUUAUACUUUGAUUCACUACAUUAACAAAAGGCCUUCUCGCUUCAUGGACGUUUCGUUGCGUAGCUUCUCCCUUUGUUGUGACCUGCUAGGCCGGGUUUGCCGCACCGCAGUCACUCAUUGUGAGGAUGCGUUGGAAAACCACCUUCACGUUAUCGUUGGCACUCUCAUACCCCUCGUGGAUGAGCAGAUGGAAGUUCGGGAACAGGUAUUGGACUUGCUGAAAUAUUUAGUGAUCGAUAACAAGGAUAAUGAAAACCUCUAUCUCACGAUCAAACUUCUGGAUCCUUUUCCUGACCAUGCCGUCUUUAAGGAUCUGCGAGUUGCACAGCAGAAAAUAAAAUACAGUCGAGGACCUUUUUCCCUUUUGGAGGAAAUUAACCAUUUUCUGUCAGUGAGUGUUUAUGAUGCACUUCCUUUGACAAGGCUGGAAGGACUCAAGGAUCUUCGAAGACAACUAGAACAACACAAAGAUCAGAUGUUGGAUCUAAUGAGAGCGUCUCAGGAUAAUCCGCAAGAUGGCAUCAUGGUGAAGCUUGUUGUUAGCUUGUUGCAGCUGUCCAAGAGGGCUGUAAACCACACGGGGGAAAGAGAAGUUUUAGAGGCUGUUGGACGCUGCCUGGGAGAAGUGGGUCCUGUUGAUUUCUCCACCAUCGCCAUCCAGCAUAGUAAAGAUACAUCUUAUACCAAGGCCCUGGAGUUGUUCAGUGAUAAAGAACUUCAGUGGACCUUCAUCAUGUUGACCUACCUGAGUAAUGCGCUGGUGGAGGAUUGUGUCAAAGUAAGAUCAGCUGCUGUUACCUGUUUGAAAAGUAUUUUAGCCACAAGGACUGGACAUAGUUUCUGGGAGAUUUAUAAGACGACAAGUGAUCCCAUGCUCAUCUAUCUCCAGCCUUUUAGAACAUCGAGGAAAAAGUUUUUAGAAAUACCCAGACUUGACAUAGAAAAACCUCUGGAAGCCUUAGAUGAUACAAACCUCUGGAUUCCUCAAAGUGAAAAUCAUGAUGCUUGGAUAAAAACAUUGACUUGUGCUAUUUUGGACAGUGGAGGCUUAAAAAGUGAUGUUCUUCAGUUAUUAAAGCCAAUGUGUGAAGUGAAAACUGACUUUUGUCAGACUGUGCUUCCCUACUUGAUUCAUGAUAUUUUACUCCAAGAUAGAAAUAAAUCAUGGAGAAAUCUGCUUUCUGCACAUAUCCAGGGAUUUUUCACUAACUGUUACAGACACUCCUCGCAAACAAGCCGAUCCACAACCCCAGCAAGUUUGGAUUCAGAUUCAGAGUCCCUUUCUCGAUGUUACUUGGAUAAAAAGUCCCAAAGAACAAUGCUUGCUGUCGUGGACUACAUGAGGAGACAGAAGAGGCCUUCUUCGGGAACUGUGUUUGAUGACGCCUUCUGGCUGGAGCUGAAUUAUCUGGAGGUGGCCAAGGUGGCCCAGUCCUGCGCGGCUCACUUCACAGCCCUGCUCUAUGCAGAAAUCUACGCUGACAAGAAAAGCCUGGAUGAUCAGGAGAAAAGAAAUCUUACGUUUGAAGAAGGAAGCCAGAGUACAACUAUUUCUAGUUUGAGUGAAAAAAGUAAAGAAGAAACUGGAAUAAGUUUACAGGAUCUGCUCUUAGAAAUUUACAGAAGCAUCGGAGAGCCGGAUAGUCUGUAUGGUUGUGGCGGGGGGAAAGUAUUACAGCCCCUCACGAGACUCCGAACGUACGAGCAUGAAGCCAUGUGGGGGAAAGCCCUUGUCACGUAUGAUCUUGAGACAGCCAUCUCCUCAUCAACCCGCCAGGCUGGAAUCAUUCAGGCCUUGCAGAAUUUGGGACUCCACCAUAUUCUUUCCAUCUAUUUGAAAGGACUCGAUCAUGAGAAUAAAGAGUGGGGUGCUGACCUUCGGGAACUUCAUUACCAAGCAGCGUGGAGGAACAUGCAGUGGGACCACUGCACAUCUGUGAACAAAGGAGCAGAAGGAAGCAGUUACCAUGAGUCACUAUAUAAUGCACUACAGACUCUAAGAGAUAGAGAAUUCUCCACAUUUUACGAGACGCUCAGAUGUGCCAGAGUCAAAGAAGUGGAAGAGAUGUGCAGGGGCAGCCUGGAGUCUGUCUAUUCCCUCUACCCCACACUGAGCAGACUGCAGGCCAUCACCGAGCUGGAAAACAUUGGGGAGCUUGUGUCAAGAUCGGUCACUGGCAAGCCACCUACAGAAAUAUACAAUAAAUGGAGAAAACACUCUCAGCUUCUCAAAGACAGUGAUUUUAGUUUUCAGGAGCCGAUCAUGGCUCUGCGCACAGUAAUUUUGGAGAUCUUGAUGGAAAAGCAGAUGGAGAACGCUCAGAAAGAAUGUUUUAAGGACAUUCUCACCAAGCAUCUCAUAGAACUCUCCACGCUAGCUCGAACUUUCAAGAACACUCAGCUCCCUGAAAGGGCAAUAUUUCAAAUUAAACAAUAUAAUCCAGCUAGUUGUGGAGUCUCUGAGUGGCAGCUGGAGGAAGCCCAGGUAUUCUGGGCAAAAGAGGAACAGAGCCUUGCCCUGAACAUUCUCAAGCAAAUGAUCAAGAAGUUGGAUGCCAGUUGUGCAGAGGAUGAUCCCAACUUAAAACUUAUAUACACAGAGUGCCUGAGGGUUUGUGGCAACUGGUUAGCAGAAACAUGCUUAGAAAAUCCUACAGUCAUUAUGCAGACUUACCUAGAAAAGGCCGUGGAAGUUGCUGGAAAUGUUGAUGGAGAAAGCAAUGAUGAGCUCAAAAAUGGAAAAAUGAGGGCAUAUCUUUCAUUAGCACGGUUCUCUGAUACUCAGUACCAGAGAAUUGAAAACUACAUGAAGUCAUCAGAAUUUGAAAAUAAGCAAAAUCUCUUGAAAAGGGCCAAAGAGGAAGUGGGCCUUCUCAGGGAACAUAAAAUUCAGACCAACAGAUACACAGUAAAAGUGCAGCGAGAGCUUGAGCUAGACGAAUGUGCCCUCCGUGCUCUGAAAGAAGAUCGCAAAAGUUUCUUAUGUAAAGCUGUUGAAAAUUACAUCAGCUGCUUAUUAAGUGGAGAAGAGCAUGAUAUGUGGAUAUUCCGACUUUGUUCCCUCUGGCUUGAAAAUUCUGGAGUUUCAGAAGUCAAUGGCAUGAUGGAGGCAACUGGAAUGAAGAUUCCAUCAUAUAAAUUUUUGCCUCUUAUGUACCAAUUGGCUGCUAGAAUGGGAACCAAGAUGACGGGAGGCCUAGGGUUUCAUGAAGUUCUCAAUAAUCUCAUCUCAAGAAUCUCGAUGGAUCACCCCCAUCAUACUCUGUUCAUUAUACUGGCCUUAGCAAAUGCAAACAAGGACGAGUUUUUGACCAAGCCAGAAGCUGCAAGAAGGAGAAUGACUAAAACGGCACCUAAACAAAGCUCUCAGCUUGAUGAGGAUCGAAUUGAGGCUGCAAACAGAAUAAUUUAUACCAUGAGAAAUAGGAGACCUCAGAUGGUCAAAAGUGUCGAGGCACUCUGUGACUCUUACAUCAUAUUAGCAAACCUAGAUGCCAGUCAGUGGAAGAUGCAGAGAAAAGGCAUAACUAUUCCAGCAGACCAGCCAAUUACAAAACUUCGGAAUUUAGAAGAGGUUGUUGUCCCAACUAUGGAAAUUAAGGUGGAUCCCACCGGAGAGUAUAGAAAUCUGGUGACUAUCCAGUCAUUUAAAGCAGAAUUUCGUUUAGCAGGAGGCUUAAAUUUGCCAAAAAUAAUAGACUGUUUGGGCUCCGAUGGCAAGGAAAGAAGACAACUUGUCAAGGGCCGUGAUGACCUGAGGCAGGACGCUGUCAUGCAGCAGGUUUUCCAGAUGUGUAACAUGUUACUGCAGAGAAACACUGAAACCAGGAAGAGAAAACUGACUAUCUGUACAUACAAGGUGGUUCCCCUUUCCCAGCGAAGUGGUGUUCUUGAAUGGUGCACAGGAACUGUCCCAAUUGGUGAAUUUCUUGUAAACAAUGAGGAUGGUGCUCAUAAAAGAUACAGACCAAAUGAUUUUAGUGCCUAUCAGUGCCAAAAGAAAAUGAUAGAAGUACAGAAGAAAUCUUUUGAAGAAAAAUAUGAAGUCUUCAUGGAUAUUUGCCAACACUUUCAACCAGUGUUUCGUUUCUUCUGCAUGGAAAAAUUCCUUGACCCCGCUGUGUGGUUUGAGAAACGAUUGGCUUAUACUCGCAGUGUGGCUACUUCUUCUAUUGUUGGCUACAUACUUGGACUUGGUGAUAGGCAUGUGCAGAAUAUUUUGAUAAAUGAGCAGUCAGCGGAACUUGUACAUAUCGAUUUAGGAGUUGCUUUUGAACAGGGUAAAAUCCUUCCUACUCCAGAAACAGUUCCUUUCAGACUCAGCAGAGAUAUUGUGGAUGGGAUGGGCAUUACUGGUGUUGAAGGCGUUUUCAGAAGAUGCUGUGAGAAAACCAUGGAAGUUAUGAGAAACUCUCAAGAAACCCUGUUAACCAUUGUAGAGGUUCUCCUGUAUGAUCCUCUCUUUGACUGGACUAUGAAUCCUCUGAAAGCCCUGUAUCUACAGCAGAGGCCGGAGGAUGACACCGAGCUCCAAUCCACUCUGAAUGCCGAUGAUCAAGAGUGCAAGCGAACUCUCAGUGAUAUUGACCAGAGUUUCAACAAAGUCGCUGAACGUGUCCUCAUGAGACUUCAAGAGAAACUGAAGGGUGUGGAAGAAGGAACUGUGCUCAGUGUAGGUGGACAAGUGAAUUUGCUCAUACAACAGGCCAUGGACCCCAAAAACCUCAGUCGGCUUUUUCCAGGAUGGAAAGCUUGGGUGUGACUUUCAGCAUAAAAAUUAUCCCCGAGUUCAACCUUCACAGAUCACAUUUCAGCCUUCAUUUUUAAACUACCCAUAUAGUUAAAGAGGAAUUGGUUGCAUGAAUUAAUACUGUACUUAAAAAAAAAGUUUAAUACUUGUUUCAGUUACUUAAAAAUUGAUAGUCUUAAGAAACAUUUCUUAUACUAAUGUAUGAGAAAUAGUUUUACUAAUACUGGCUCUACUAUUUCUAAAUUAUUAUUCAUUCUAUUUAUAUUGUAUUAAAUCAUCCACUUCUGGGCUAAACUCUUUUUUCCCUUAAGUACAUGUUGAUUGUUUUCAGCAGAAUGACAGGCUUAUGAAUUAACUAAAAAUGGUAACAACAGCAUUGCAGUAAUAUCACUGGUAGUUUUUCUUUCACCAUGAAAGAACAAAUACACCCUUUAGUCUAUAUCUAUCUGUCUAUAUCUAUCUCUCUCUAUAUAUAUGUAUAUAUGGAGAGAGAGAGAGAAUGAAUCAUGGUGAAGCUACAUUUAAAAUAGGUAGAAAUGUUAAAAAUGGUGUUUAAGAAAUAUGUUUGGGGGCCAAAGAGAUUGCUCAGUGGGUGGAGCACAUAUGCCUUACAUGUAGGAGACCCAAAUUUAAACCCUGGUACCACCUGGUCCUCAGGCACUAUCAAAUCUGCAAAUAUGUAAAUGAAUAUAUCACCCAGGAUUACUGAAAACUGAACUUAUGUUGUGGAGAACAAAUUUUGGAGAAACACAAUACGAUUGCCAUUUUCAUUUUUUAAAAUUUAUAUUGAGUCCUUCAUCUCUAUCUGAAGCCCUUCUGUAUUUUGUAUUAUUUUAUCUGUGUUGCCCUCAUGUGUCUUCUAGUUCAUGAACUCCGAUCAGCUGUGUAUAAUAUCCUAAGUACUCAUGUGCGAGUUUUCAACCUGAGGAAGAGCGCUGAGGUGCGCGGGACUUGAGCAUUCGUUGGCCCAGAGCUGCCUUCCCAGGCCGGCCCACGGGGACAGGUGGCCUAAGGACUGGGGGAACAGAGAAACAGGGACUAGGCCCCAGGCUCGUUGGUAGUCAGUUUAUUUGUCUCUCCUCCCCAGUGUAAUGUAAUCUCUCUCCUACCGCACAAUCACAGUCAUAGUCGUAGACCCAGUCAUCGUAGUUCCUUCAUCCAGUCUCCUCGUAGACCUCAGAGUCCUCUCCCCGUCUUAAACCCUUACAGCAUAGUUAUAUAGCAGUCAUGAAGGGUGGGGGUACACAUAGGUGGGGUUGAACAUUGUCAUAACAGAGGUAAAGCCACUUCAGAGGAAGUUCUAGAUUAACUCAAGGACAAGAUUUCAUCUGAGGGUUCAGCACUCCAAAUUACUAGGAGAUCUGCUGAAGGGCAGGAUUCCGUCCAGGGUGUAUGGCUGUAUCUUUCCCUCAGCCAGUAAUCCAUUUAAACAGUCAUAGUAAAUCUACUUUUUAUAAUAUUUCUAGUCAUUUUGCAUGAACACAGAGAUAUAUUAAGCUUAAAGGUUGGCUCUUCUUGGGGACAUUUUACUAUAUCUCCCAACAACAUUCCUCAGGCCAGGUUAGUCUUUCCUAAGCCCAGUAGAGUCCCGAUUCAGUUACUUCUUUUUGGGUCAUCACAGAGUUCGUUCCAUGACACCUUGCUCUUAUACUUACGGUUGUGGUGUUUUCCUAGUCCCCUUUUGAUGCCAGAGCAGUUUAUAGCUUGCCAUGCAUCCAUCCAGUCCCUUCGUCAGGACCCUGCUUUUGCAGUGCUAGGAACUAAGGGCAGGUGAGGAUUAAUAUGUUAAUACGGAUGCCCAGGAGUAAAUAUUAUUUUGGAGUCAGUUAGCUCCCAUGUUACAAAACAUAGCGUGAACUGUCUUCCUGUGUCUACACAAAAAGGACAUUGCUAAACCAUGUGCGUGUCAUAAGAAAGAGGAAAGCAAUAUUGGAUUAUUUGCACUUGAUGGAAUUGGGUGUGCCUUGGGGCACUAUCGUGGAGUAAAUAAACCUAAGCUCCCUUCGGAGGAGCAAGGACGACCAAUGUUAUCCAACACUCAUGGGGUUUCUCCUCCCGAAAAUUGUUUUUUGAAGGACUGAAGAGUUAGUGCAGAGGUUAAGACAUUGCUUCACAUCCUCUGAAUCCUGGCUCAAUCCCCAGCACCUCGGGGGUUAUACUUUUCACAUAUAUAUGUAUAUGCAUAAAUAUAUAUAUACAUAUAUAUAUAUAUAUGUUUAUGCUAUUGGUAAAGUGCUGCUUCACCACCACCAGUAGCCAAAAAAACAUCCAUACUUUCCCUGUGUCGCUUCUAAUCCAUCCCUCUCACUAUUUUAAAGAUGCCUGUUUUGUCCUCCUGCUCUUCUGUUGGGGCAGGUGCAUGCCCCUCGGUGUCUGAGAGUCGCUCCCUGCGGUGCUCAGGAGACCAUGCGGUGCUGGGGCUAAAACCUGGCUUCCAGCAUGAAGUACAUGCUAAAUCCAUUAACUUAUCUCUCCUUGUUUAAUUUUCAAAUUGAAGUAUCUAAUUUACAUUGGUAUUAUUGUAUAAAACAUACUGCUUCACACCUAACCAACAGAGUGCCAGUAUCCCCUUACUACUGAAGACAUCUGUAUUUUUACCAUUCUUAGUAUUUGUUAGCAUUCAUAAAUUAUUUCUCUUGGGGCUGGAGAGACAGCGCAGUGAGUAGGCUGCUCCAGUCCCCAGCGCCCCAUAUGGUUCCUGAGUCCCCCCAGGAGUGAUCUCUGGCUGUAAAGUGAGAUCACUUUACUAAGCAGUGGUGGUGACACCACCACUCACCAAAAAAACAAAAAAAAAACAAAAAAGCAGUUACGUUAUAUUAAUAGAUUCAUCUAUUUGGCAUUUGGUUUCUAAAGAAUUGUUCCUUUUGGGCAGACUGGAGGACACGGGCCACACCCAGCGGUGCUGAGGGACUGCUCUCUGCUCUCUGCUCUCUGCUUCUCUGGGUACCACACAGUGCUAGAGAUUGAGCCCAGGCCUCCCACAUGCAGAGCAUGUUUUGCAUGUGCCUAGCCUAUUAAGCUUUCUCCCUAGCCAAGAGAACUAUUCUUGAAAUCCUCUUGCAUUUCAAAGUACAAGCUCUACUUGCUUUACAUGACAAACUGUCUAAGUGACUGUGUAGAAUAUACUGGUGUAUAUAACAGAAUAUCUAAAGUAAGAUGUUCAUCCUUACCUGCUGUGCCACUUGGCCAACCCAGAUUUUAGUAUUAUUGAAUGUAUUUCUUGACUGCGCUGU